UGUAAAGCAUUCAUCCAUUUUCUUUUCAUAAAUGAGUUGGAAUACGCGAAGGUUAAGUUUAUAGUCUAUAUCUUACAAUAUUAUUAAAUGAAUAUACAUUUUGAUGAAAAGUGCUCAAUAAAAAACGGAAUAACGUAAACUUCAAGAUGUCUUAUUACCAUCAAGUAAUCGUGUUUAUGUUGACAAUUGCAUCGAGCGUCUAUAUAGAAACAAAAGACAUUAAAUGCGAGGAUCCAAAUAAGCUCUGCGAAAACAUUUGGUAUUGCAAGGACGAUUCGUAUCCUGAUAAAUACAAAGCAUGUGGACACGACGGAAUGGUGGACAGGGUGUGCUGCGAUCCAAAAUACAAACAAACCAAAAGCAGAAAAUAUUGCGAUACGCUAUACAAGAGGCGUGUAAUAGAUGUGUACGGAAACACGGUUUACGAUUCCACAAUACCAUUUCCUAGAAACUACCAAGCUAUUGCAGCUUUGGGUCAACGCAACGAUUCCUCGACGAAGUGGGUGUGCACAGGGAGUUUAAUUAGUAACAAAUUCGUGGUAACUGCAGCAAAAUGCGUAAAUCAAAGCAUAAAUAUCAUUCGAUUAGGUGAUACGUAUUUGGAGGAUGAUAAUGAUGGAAUUGAAACUCAGGAAUAUGGAGUGCUGAGACACAUUGUUCAUCCUAAAUAUAAAUAUCCUUUUGUAUACAACGACAUCGCGCUCAUCGAAUUGAAUGAUACUGUUAGAUUCACGAAUCACGUUAAACCUAUCUGCGUUUACGAUGAUGCGAUGCUAAGAGAACCAUUGUUGGGGGAAGUUGGAUACAAUGGAUCUAGCGUAGAGUAUAUACAGGUGAUUAGAGUUAAUAAACGUGCGUGCGAUCUCUACUUUGAGCAGGAUAAAUUUGCCAAUCUCGUACCGUUUGGAUUUGACCCAGAUACACAGAUUUGUGGUAGCUCCCACUUGGACCAUUCAAGAUGUCAGCCGUCCUUUGGAGCACCUUUGCAAAGUGUUGAUCUGAAUUACUACUACACAAGUUUUCUGAUAGGAAUAACAGUAAUUCGUAAGCCGUGCAGCAACACCAACGAACCCGGACUUUACACCAAAGUUUCCCACUACGCCCCAUGGAUCGAAUCGAUUAUAUUUCCUGAUGUUUAAGAACAUAUUAACGUUUUUUCAUUUUAUAAA